AUGAAUUGUCUGUCCGUUAACUUGAGGGGGGUGCGAAAUUCUCGCAAAUCGGAAUGGAUUCGUGGUCUAAAAACUAGUUAUGGGGUGCACUUUCUCGCUAUACAGGAGACAAAGUUACAGGAUUCGGAGUCUUUUAUGUUCAAUCAGUUUUGGGGCAGAGCUGCGUACAAGUUAGCAGUGGUGAAUUCACAUGGUAGAUCUGGGGGACUGGCAUGUCUUUGGUGUUCAGGAGUGUUCAGGUGUGACGAUGUCCUCUAUAACAGGUAUUUCAUUGUUGUUUCGGGUACCCUUAUUCAAUCGGAGUCUCGGAUUAACUUUGUCAACGUAUAUGCGCCUAAUGAUGUGGCUUGUAGAAGGGCUGUUUGGUUGGAGUUGUUGGGGGUUAGGAAUUCUAGACAAGGGUGGUGGGUUAUGAUGGGUGACUUUAACGAAGUACGGUAUGCUCAUGAAAGACUGAACUCAGAAUUCGUUGAAGGUAACGCUGAUGCAUUUAAUCAAUUCAUCUUAUCGGCUGGAUUAAUAGAGUAUAAUAUGGGAGGUGGGAACUUUACCUACAUAUCUGACAAUGGAAAAAAACUUGGUAAAUUGGAUCGAUUCCUGGUGUGUCUAGGAUUUAUGGAAAGGUGGCCUAAUGCAUCGGUAACUGCAGUUGACAGAGUAGCGUCGGACCACCGGCCUAUCAUCUUAUCUACAGUUCAAACCGAUUUCGGACAUAUUCGGUUCAGGUUUUUUAACUCAUGGUUCGAGCUUCCUGGUUUUUUUGAUUAUUUGCUACAUAUAUGCGGUUCGUUUUAUUUUUCUGGGCCAGCGGACCUAGCCUUAGCCAUUAAACUUCGGUGGUUAAAGAAUCGCAUAAAGUCUUGGAUCAAAGGGGUUAAGGUAAAUAAAGAGGGCAUUUAUGAAAGAAAAAAAAGUAGGCUGACAUUAAUUGAAAACUUGGCUGAGGAAAGAAUACUUUCGGAUGAUGAAUUGGCCGAGAGAGUGGAGUGCAGGCUUUUUAUGGCUGAGUUUGAUCGGUUGAAACAAAUGGAUCUGCGUCAGAAAUCCAGGUCUAGGUGGGCAUUAGAAGGCGAUGAGAACUCUUCGUUCUUUCAUCACAUUAUUAACUCGAAUAUUAGUACGAAUAGACUUAAUGGGUUGAUGAUUGACGGUGUUUGGGUGACGAAUCCGCUAUCUAUUAAAGAAUAUCUGUUUGGCUUCUUCGAGCACCAAUUUUCCGAGCCCAUGCCCAAUAGACCAUCGUUGGUAUGUUCUAACUUGGCGUCCCUUUCUGUUGAUGAGGCGAAUUUGCUUGAAGCUCCUUUUUCAAUUGAGGAAAUCAAAGCAGCAAUCUGGGAAUGUGAUGAUGAUCGUGCUCCGGGGCCGGACGAGUUCAAUUUUAAGUUAUUAAGAAAUGUUGGUCAGGUCUUUGGGACGAUUUUAUCAAACUCUUCGAUCGGUUUUAUGAGGACGGGUCGCUCAAUGAAUGUUGCACUUCCUCCUUCAUUGCCUUGA